AAGAUGUCGGCUGCGGUGCCAGAGCUGAAGCAGAUCAGCCGGGUGGAGGCGAUGCGCUUGGGGCCGGGCUGGAGCCACUCGUGCCAUGCCAUGCUGUACGCCGCCAACCCCGGGCAGCUUUUCGGCUGCAUCCCCAUGCGCUUCUCGGUGCUGAUGCAGAUGCUCUUAGACGGGCUGCUGGGCUUCCCCGAGGGCUUCUGGUCAUUGGAGGAUGGACUGAACCGGGUGCUGGGCCUGGGCCUGGGCUGCCUGUGCCUCACCGAGGCCGACUACCUGAGCUCGCACCUGACCGAGGGCCCGCACCGUGUCAUGGCGCACCUGUACGCGCUGCAGCUGACGCUGGAGCAGCUGCACGCCAUGGAGAUCAGCGUGGUUCAUUCGCGCGACCACAGCCUGGAGGUGCUGGGACUGGUGCGGGUCCCGCUGUACACCCAGAAGGACCGAGUUGGUGGCUUUCCCAACUUCCUGAGCAAUGCCUUCAUCAGCACGGCUAAGUACCAGCUCCUCUUCGCCCUCAAGGUGCUCAACAUGAUGCCCGAGGAAAAGCUGGCUGAAGCUGUGGCUGCAGCCACUGAGAAGCAGAAGAAGGCCCUGGAGAAGCUGUUCCCAUCUUCUUCCUGAGUAUGGUCUAGAGGCAGCUCCCAGAGAUGGUCUGGAAAUACCCGUCAAGUGUGCAGAAUGACAACAGCAGAGCCACCACAGGCAGGAAGGUCACCACUGGCAGUCUCCUAUGGCCCCAAGUCUGGCUAAACUCAGUGAAGCUACUGGAAAGUCUCCACAGUGCCUACCCAGCCUAAGAAAAGCGGUGCUCCCUGCCCAGCCUGGGCACCUGUUCCACCUUAGAGCCUUGAUGAAGCAGCCACACUGGGCGAAGGCACUCCACUCUGUAAAUAAAAUACCUGUACUUUG